AUGUCAGCGAGUCCACAAGACCAAUCUAAUCUAAAGAGACAUCUAGAAAAUGAAGUUACUUCACCUAGUAAGAAAAUAAAACUAGAAAACAAUAAUGAUGAUGAUGGCUUCCCAUCUAUAGACUCAGAUUUUGAUAGCUUACCAGUUUCAUUACUACAAAGUGCAAAUGUAGAUUCACCAGCAACUAAUAACAGCAAUGACAAUGACAAUAAAGAUACUGAUAAAAAUGACACUACAACCAAUGAUACAACAAUCACGGCUACAACUCCAGCAUCUACAUCAACUGCCACGAAUAAUAAUAAUAACACUAAUGAUAAAACAACCACUAGCAACAACAACAACAACAACAGCAAUAAUAAUAGCAACAAUAAUAGCAACAACAAUGCAACAACUACAUCCAACACGAAAGAUUAUGACCAAGAUACAUCAAAAUUAAAUGAUGCAAUUGCUGCAGCAGGGGUUGAUAUCCAACAGGAAGAAGAGAUCUUAUUACAACAACAAUUGAAUAGAAAAUCAACAGAUGGUAUGACGUCGAAUUUAAAGAAUGUUAUUAAAUCAAGCAAACCACCCUCUUUUUUAAACAAUUAUCAUUUGGCUGCCUUCAUGGAUAAAGUGGCGAAAGAGAAUGGCAUUCAACAAAAUUUCUUAAUGGAUGGAGAAAUGUUGGAAUUAGUAUCUGCCGCAUGUGAAACAUGGUUAAGCAGACUUGCAACUAAAACCAUGAUGCUAUCCCGUCAUAGAAGAAGAGGUAUUCCUAAAAUUGGUAAACGUUCAGGUAGUAGUUCAGUUCCAAGAUCUGAAAUUUCAAAAGAAUUGAGAAAUUUAGCUAUCAAACAAAAAGAAUUAGAAGAAAAAAGAGUUAGCAAAAGAGUUAUGCUAGGAUUAGAAAAGAGUCCCAAUGAUCCUUCUAAUACUGGUGAAAAUGGAGAUUCUAAGGCGGGAGCCGAAGAAACAUUGCACCGUGCAGCCAAUGCUACUGCCGCAAUGAUGACUAUGAACCUCGGUAAGAAGAAAUAUAGUUGGAUGACAAGUUCAAAUGGUAGUGGAGGAGGCGGAGGUGGAGCAGACCUGGGGAAAUCUGGAAAUGGGGCUUCCAAAGAUGGUAGAAAAGAAAGUCCUAUUAUUUCAAUCCGUGGUGAUAAUGGUCUUAGAUUUCGAGAAAUAAGGUCAGGAAAUUCAGUCGUUAUGAAAGAUUUAUUGGAAGCAAUAGAAGAUGAGAAAAGAGGAACCAGAAACGCCAUUGUUAAAGGAUAUGCAAAAUUGAAGGACUAA